GCGCCACCCGAACCUGUCUUGAUUAGUGUCUUACGUUGUCACUUGUCAUUUCUCACGGCGCUGCCAGGAUACAGACCGUUUUCACUAUAAUUUAUCUACUACAAUUCACUUGUUACUUUUGGCAUUAGUUGGUAUUCUUGCGGGUUCAAGAGGAUGUUUCGGGCACCAAUCGCUGAAGCUGCGGCGCCGAGCAGUUCUCGACCCCAAUCCCAACUGUCCCUUCCUGCUCGGUUACAAAGAAAUCCAGGCGAGCGCGCUUUGUCAUGGCGCAUGCCGUAUGGGGCUCACUGCAACAUUUCAACACGCAUUAAGACGAUGGCACGGGACAGGCUUAGUGCCGACGAAGUCUCAGAACUGGAGUCGCUACGUGCGCGCCUUAACCAGCAGCUUAGGCUAGCAACCGUCCCGACGGAGUACGCGGGGCAACGCGUCUCAAAGGCCAACGAUUGCCCCGAAUGCCCCGGGGACGAGUAUCAUCCAUCCCAAGGGUGGCGUCCUCAGCCGCAUCAUCUUUCUAAGGACCAGCUGUGGUCACGCAUCCGCGAGGAAGCACAGCAGGACGCGGCUUCGGAGCCGGCCCUCGCAAGCAACCUGUACAGCACAAUCUUGGCACACCCCAACAUUGAAAAGAGCAUGGCGUUCCUGCUCGCCAACAAGCUGUCCAGCCCCACGAUGCUGGGCAUGCAGCUGAUGCGACUCAUUCAGGACGUGUACGAGGACGACCAGGAGGUCAUGGAGGCGUGCCUUGCGGAUCUUCAGGCGGUGUACGACCGCGACCCCGCAUGCGACCGUUACACGCAGGCCAUCCUGUACUUCAAGGGCUUCCAGGCGGUGCAGAGCUACCGGAUAGCGCACUGGCUGUGGCAGAAGGGUCGCAAGGCUUUGGCUUUGGCGCUUCAAAGUCGCAUUUCGGAGGUUUUCCACGUGGACAUCCAUCCAGCAGCGGAGAUCGGGCGCGGGAUUAUGAUUGACCACGCGACUGGUGUCGUGAUUGGCGAGACGGCCGUGGUGGGGGAUAACGUGUCCAUGCUUCACCACGUGACCUUGGGCGGCAGCGGCACCGGGCGAGGCGUACGGCACCCCACGAUCGGUCACGGUGUGCUGCUGGGGGCGGGUGUGACGGUGCUGGGCGCCGUCAUGGUGGGCGCCGGCAGCAAGGUCGGUGCCGGCAGUGUCGUGGUGUCGGACAUCCCGUGCCAUUCCGUGGCGGUUGGGGUGCCAGCACGCAUCAUCAAGCGCGAUAUUAUUAAGGAGCCUGUUAAGGAUAUGGACCAGUGCGUUGAUUUCGUGCUGAAUUAUGACAUCUAGAAUGCGCAUUGAUUCGCUGCAUAGCUAGUUGCGGGCUAAGUACGAACGGUAAGUUGGAUCCGAGCAGGUUCUACUCACCUUGCUCGGAUCAUACGGAAUGCAUGUCAUCCGGAAUUUAUAUGUCAACCUAGUAUGAGAGGCUUGAUGGCUUGCUGACGUGCUGUUCAUGAGGGUCCUUUUUUAAGGCAUGGGUACACUGUUGCAACUCGUCCAAAGUCGGGUAUUUUGAAUGUCAGAUACACUGCGCAUUCACCUCGGGGGAGAACUGGGGAAUACAUCUCAUCAUUCGUAUUCACGUUGUACACGUCGUGAGCGGACCGUCGGUGGCAGUCGGCACCGGCCUCCAGGCGCUCUGCCUGUAUCUGUACAAUAGGCGAAUCCCGGAGGGCCGUAGUAGCGGCAUCGGCACAGAAGUUGGAGAAGUGGUAAGAUAAGUCUAGAACUCGGUUGAAAUAGGAUCAGGGUGGCGAAGAUGUCUUAGACAGGAUGAGCAUACCGCAAGCUGGUCCCAGGCGCCUUGUAAGGAUCGUGCGAAGCGUUCCCUGGAGAGCUGGAUGGCCCUAGGCUGGAUAGGGGGCUUCAGGUUUUUAUAGUUGGUAUGGUUGUGGCGACCCUCUCGUGGAUACAGAUUAAAGGGAUGAAUGCAGGUGGAGGAGGGAUUAUGGGAUUUGGGAUUAGGGGUCGCCAGUCUUCUAUGGUCGCCUGGUUCGUCGCUGCUUUUAUGUUCAUGGAUGGAUUUUGACAAAGUUGAUGGUGCCUCUUUUUAAUAUUCUGAUAAGAGGGAAAGCGGUUGUGCCACGUGGGGGUGGGAACAUGUAUGGUCGCGGGAAGGAAUGGAAGAGGGGCAGGCCGCGGCAGGUGAAGCUAGCGAAGAAGAUUGUUGAGUGCCGCUGUGCAAGCUUGUGGACCUCCUAGGAGGGAUUCGUCGUGAUGCAGGUUAAUUGCCGCGCGCUGCUCCUUGCGUCUCGCUUUCUCUGAUCUCCAAAUCUGGAGGCAGAACUGCGUGAUAGGUCCACUGGAUUGGGGUGGGGUUUGAUAAACGACGACGGCGGAGCGAGCGUGCGGAAAGGUCGGGUUUUGGCACAAGACUUUCUGUGACUGGUGGCGUACAGGCUUUUGUUGUCCGUGCUAUCGAUGUCGAUGCUUGACGCGUUGCAGCCCAUCUACGCCUUCACAGGUUAUGCACGCAUGGGACGGGCUAGGUACCACGUAAUGCGACUGAUUGAAGCUCUCGAUUGAACGUUAUUGGCCCGUUAAUGUCGAUUGCACGUGAGCUGCUGAUGGAGGAGGAGGUGGAGGGUUGCAGCCCAUUUAAUUUUGGAUGAUGCCGUUGGGGUUGCCCUGAAAACAAGGGAGUGAGCGAGGGCAUGCGCGCAAUGAGAAGGGACAUUGCUGCCAUGUCACACAU